AUGGGUAGAUCCUCUUCUCACCUUUGGCAGACAGCCUUCCACAAACUAUUCCGCAGACACUCCUCUCAGACAAAGGGCAAACAACGUGCACUUCCUGACGACUCUGAAAAUAGUGAACACCCUGACGGCUUCUGUCUAUACUCUCAAGAGAUGCUUGAAGAGGAAAAUAGAAGGCUCAAGGCUCUGGGACUGCGGUCCUCAGAUAGCACUGACGUUUCUUACGCCUCAGCUAUGGAAACCAUCAGAUCCCCUGCUCAUGUCUAUACCGUGAGCUCCUCUGAAUGGGCUUCUUUUGCUGCUUAUGAGCAGCUUCUCGAUGAUCCUUACGAUGAGGCGGCGGCACAGAGACUGCACAGCGUGCUCAGCGUGUAUUCCAAGAUUUACACCAUUGCCAAGAUUGUUGUUUGGGCUUUGAUGAUGUAUGGCGUCGAGUUGGACGAGACUUCCGACGACCUUCUUGCCCACAUCAGAGCAGCUGAAGCUGCUGUGGAUACUGACUCUCUUCCUGAGCUCAUCGAGAUCACUGAAAACCUCUAUUAUUCCUUGUAUGCAAGAUUGAUUAUGGAGAUAGCCAAUGUCGAGCUGUGUAGCUACUUCGAUCUUGAUCUUCGCCGCAUGGUUAUCAAGGAAGUUUUCACACUUCCUGAGCCCGGCCACCUUAUCAAAAUCCUCAUUACCUUCAAAGAUUUUCUGGACGCUCGCGAAGUUUGCGUCGAUCUUGAUCGCACGCUCCUCAAGGAACGCCAGCGAGAGAUCAUCCGCCGUGCUACUGCACGAAUGGCCAUCACUGGCUUCUCCACGCACGAUCUCGUUGGUUAUCGUACCUUCACAGUGAGGAUCGUCUCUGAUGACACCCACCCUUUCUGUCAGAAGUGGAGGGGCCUCGCCUACCUGUAUCAAAUGCCGGGCGUGGAGACACUCACCUUGUUCUCUGAAAAGUAUCUCACCAUCAUGCCCAAGGUGAUGUUCACUGGUGGCUACCCAAUGACUGAUCUUCCCUUCACCAACCGCAACGCAAUUGCCCCAGAUGUGUGGGAGCGGGAAACCAUCCUCGACAACCGCACAGCGACCCUAGCAAAGCUCGAGAGCAAGACUAUCGGGGAUAUCAGACGCCAGGACACCAGGCGUCGCCUGAUCGACUACGUCAAGGAACACAAAUGCAUUUGCCGUUCAUCUUGCAAGUGCUCGGCGGACUGUACGAUGGACGUCGAGCAGCCCUGCCCCUGCUCUGAGCGCAUUCUCUGCAUCGCGCUCGCUCAGCGCCGCCGUGGUGCUGGCGAGCAGGACUUUGGUCCCAGAUGCGGUAGUCUGGCCAGAGCCCUCUUCGAGGGGCUGGCGAUGGUUAGCCGCGACGUUGCUCACUAUGAGCUCGUCGCGCAGCUGAACCACGCCAUGCAGCUCCUCGAAGAGGAAGUGGGCAAGCAGCGCCAUGCAGCUGCCAGGGCCAAUGGACUGGCUUGA